UGCACUUGGCGACCAUAUCGGCCGUAAGGGAACGAAAAUGCCAAAGGGAUGAAGGGAUCUACGGCCUUGUAUAUUUACAAAAUGUAAAACAUAUACUAUUGCAGGUUGCUUCUCGAUUAUCGCAGAAAUAUGAGCUCAAACGUCUCCUGUCAGUUUGCUUUAUCCACAGUUGUCUCGAGCCUCGGGAAAAUGUACCCGACUAUUCCUCAUCGCAGUUUUUUCGCGAACAAAAGAAGACAUCCGAAAAAACUCUAAAAGAGCACGACAGAAGUAUCGGUUCAGGUGCCCCCACCUAAUGGAGAAAGUUGGAAAGGUGUGGAGCAACCUGAAGAGGGGAUGUCAUUCACUUAUUCACCCAGAGGGGGGCACCCGUGUUGAAAUGCCACCAGAGAUUCAACCACUUGCAGACACAGUAUGCCACAGUGUGGAAAAUUCUCAGGCAGUUGGCACUCAGGAGGCACCUAGUUCCUCCAGCUGUGUUGCAGCUCACUCUCUAGUGGCAUGGAGGUCAAGUGGGAGUGUGGUGCGACGGGGUCAUAAUUGUGCCGGGAAUGUGCCCCAGAUAUUAGACAUCACAAUUGAGCAGGACAAUGAAGAUACUCGUGCCCCCCUGGGAUCCCGCAGGGACUCUUAUUCACGUCAUGCCCCUUGGAGUGGAAAGAAGAGACAUUCAUACUCCACUAACGCUCAGAGUUCACUAGAGACCACAGAUCGGCGAUCAAGCCGGUCUCUGCGCAGGCAUGGGACUGGUAGCAGCCAAGAGGAGAUCGAUCCGGGGGCAACACGUUCACUACGCCAGCAGAUCCAUGAUACAGUAGGCCUGUGCCUCCCAUUGCGCUCAUCCUCUCGAAGCACCUACCUUCCACCACCAAAACGUAAGAUCCAAAUCACAGAGCUCAUGCUGGAGACAUGCCCCUUCGCACCAGGAUCAGACCUUGCCCGGAAAUGGCAUCUUAUUAAACAGCACACAGCACCGGUCACAGUGAUGCCAGUGGAUUCAUCCUCUGAUGCCUGUGGUGCUGCCUGUGCAACACCAGAAGAUGAGGAGGAGCGCUUGCGAGAAAGAAGGCGGCUCAGCAUUGAGGAGGGUGUGGACCCACCCCCAGAUGCCCAGAUCCACACCGUGGAGACUAUCACUGCCCCCCUAGCUUCUCUUUAUAAGCUGGGACCUAAGCUGACCCCUGGAAUGAGUGAGACACUAAGCAAUAGCUUGGGGGCAACAGCAGUUAUCUGUGACUCUGAGGACGAUGAAACCACCACACUCUGCUUACAAGCUCGCAGGCCCAAACAGCGGCAUGCUUCUGCAGAGAGUCAUCUUGGAGGUAAGCAGCCAGGGCCUUGGAAGGUCCACACCCAGAUUGACUACAUCCACUGCCUGGUUCCGGAUCUCCAACAGAUCACGGCACUGCCCUGCUACUGGGGUGUGAUGGACCGUUAUGAGGCUGAAGCGCUACUGGAUGGUCGGCCCGAGGGCACCUUUCUGCUUCGCGACUCUGCUCAAGAAGACUACCUGUUCUCCGUUAGUUUCCGCCGCUAUGGCCGUUCGCUCCAUGCACGCAUCGAGCAGUGGAAUCACAACUUUAGCUUUGACGCACAUGACCCCUGCGUGUUCCACGCAGCCACCGUCACAGCACUAUUGGAGCACUACAAGGACCCUAGCGCUUGCAUGUUCUUUGAGCCGCUGCUGACCGUGCCUCUGCAACGGACCUUCCCUUUCGGCCUGCAAUACCUUGCCCGAGCCUCCAUUUGCCAUUGGAUUACCUACGAUGGCAUCAGGGCUCUGUCACUGCCCCCUGCUCUGCAGGACUACCUCAGGGAGUAUCAUUAUAAGCAGAGGGUGAGAGUACGCUGGCUUGAGAGGGAGCCAAUCAAGGCCAAGUGAGGCAAGGCAAACUCUUCCUUUCUAAAGUCCAUUCAGCACUUUGCAGAGGUGGAGGAAUUAAGAGUUGAUUUGGGGGGAAGGGUUUGGAUGUUUGGGGAUGGAGGUAUGUAAGGAGGGACCUGAAACUGAUCACAAAAUAUAAGCUUCUAUAUUUUUUUUUGUUAUCACUCUAACAAAGAAAUCAUAUACAGUUCAAUGUGGCUCUCCAGUGUGCACAUUUCACUACAGCUUCUGGAGUUGGCUAAAUCAGCAGAGGUCUUAAUGCUAGGGUGUACUUCGUUUUUCCGCUUGUAAUUACAUCUUGCGCACGUUUGAGUGCUCUAGCCUUUCAAAGUAUACUCUUUUGACCGCGACUGUAUGGACACGUUCAAUGCAUGCGCACUAUGACUGCUGCUUUGUGAUACUCUUUAGGACAGUCAACGGCAGGGGUAUGUGGGGACGACAAGCACAGACUGUCCACAUGUCUACAAAAACUUGCCUACCUGCGCACAGUACAAGUGAGCUGUUGACAAAAUUUGUGCUAUACGCACUAUUUGCGAGAUGUAGCGGUACGUGGAAAACUGAAUUUUUUAGUUUUACUUUUCCCUUCUCCCUCAGUUCUCAUAGCUUUGCUCAAAAGAAACAAGGGGGUUACACUUCUACAUUAUAUUUAAUGCCUCUUUCAUGCUUUUUUUUUUUAAUUGGUUGGCUGUGGUUUAGAGCCAUUUCAUCUUUUUGUUGAGCUACCAAUUCACUUCCCUGUCUGCCCUCAAUUCCCUUUCAUUAAAUUUUUUUUUUUUUAAUCAAAAUAAUAUUUUGGACACAUUUUGAUGGGUGGUGAAAUGGAGGUUGGGUGGUUACAUUAAAUUUUUCUAGCUCCUUACAUAGUCCUUAGCUUUCAUGGUGCUCUGUCUUAGGUUACCAUGGUAACAUUCUGUGCUCAUUCCAUGGUUAGAGGAGGAAGCAUUGUAGGGCAGGAAAUAGAAAGGGUUUUGCCCUGCUCAUAAAGAAGGCAGAGAGAUCCAUGAAAUAUGGAUUGACUAGCAAUGGAGAGAAGGGCUCUUUGAUGUUCUGCUUCCUUAACACUUCCGGGAAGUGAUCAGGAAGAGGAUGUGAUCUGAUGUAAGAGCGCUUGGUUUUCCAAAAACAGAGUUACUUUGUUUUUGUUUCUAAAUGUUUUGUAAUAAUUAAUUCCUACCACUAAUUGCACUGUGGUGGUGUGGUGUGGGGGGGGGACUAAUUCUAUAUCAUCUUUUUUGUA